AUGGGGGUAGAUAAGAUUGUUCCGGUGGAUAGAUUGCUUAAAAUGAAAUUUCAAGACAAUUUUGAGUUUGCACAAUGGUUUAAAAAGUUUUUCGAUAUGAAUUAUAACGGACUGGGAUACGACCCCGUGACAGCUCGAGGAGGCAAGAAUGAGGGGGAGCCCGUCAACUGGACAGCACACACACCCAGGUCAACCAGGCAGUCCGAGAAACAAGUGUCCAUCACGUCACGUCAAAACACGCGCACUAAAGAGGACAGUCACAUCCGGGUCUCCAGCAGACAGCUCGAGGACAUCAAGGACAGUCUCCUGGAGCUGCAGCUGACGAUCCAGACGCUGACGAAGGAGAAGGAGUUCUACCUGAAGAAGCUGCGCGACAUCGAGAGUUACUGCCAGGACCACGAGGACCUUGCUGUCAUCCAGUCCGUCAUGGAGAUUCUGUAUGCCACGGAGGUGACUGCACCGGACAAGUCGUCGUCUCGUAGAAUAGAGCUGCAGUCUAACUCGCACAUACCAGUUGCACUGAAGGGUUCGUCGUCCCCGAGUACGACACGGACGACGGCGACGGUGAUCAACCCGGACAACAAUGACAUCAACAUCAACAUCAACAUCAACAUCGACAAGAACGAAAACGACAACAUUGAGAGCCGCAUUGACAUAGAGGGGACCGUCGACAAUACUGAGACUAGCGACUUGACUCAAAGUAUUGCUACAAGCGACAUGACACACACUGGUGACACAGACGAUACGGCUGACAGUCACGUGACACUCAGUGAAAUAUCCGAGCUGGGAGAUUUCAGUGACAGCACCGUCCGCACCAAAGACGACAAGACUAGCGAUGACGGCGACACUGACGCUGAUAACGACAUCUUCGACCGAGAUAAUGUUCCACUCGACAGCGUUUUGUAUAAGCAUGACAUCAGCCUUCUUACCGACGAGGAGAGUGAAACAAGUGGCCUUGACCUUGAUACCCAAGCUUCUUCUGAAGAUGUCAGGAAUGACCUUGAGCAUUCAAGGUCAUCAGACGGCACUUCCGACCACCACGCCAUCACUUCAAGUGACGUGCAUGUAGAUAGCGAUAACUUGGAUGCCAUUAUCGAGGUUGACAAUGAAGUGGAACCAGACCAAGACGACACUGACGAUAGCGAGGAAGACAUCUUCUACGAUUUCGAGUCUGACCAGUGAAGUCUAGUGCAUAGCACCGGGCUGAAUGUCGUUCAGCGGUUGAACUGUGCUUUCUAAAACCCUUAUACCACGCGUUGUACCGAGGAUAGAGGCCUUUCCUUCACCAUGUCAUUAGAACGCCCUGAAUGCAUAUAGUCCUGGUUGUUUCUCUAAGAUGCGAAUU